GGUGUGGGGGCCAUUUCUAUCUCCUCUCUUGGUUGCAAUUGCAACGCUACUGCUAAUGGCCAUAGCACACAGCACACUCCAUAGAUGCUGUUCGGCGACAAGGCAGCAGUAAUGGCGCAUACCAUGCCUCCCCUUUCAACAGCACAAAGCACAACCUCCAUCCUGAAGGUUGCUCCAAAAUCCCCUGCUCUGAAGAACAGCAGCAAUCUUUCUUUGGGAGCCAAAUGCGACACCAGGAGGGCACUCGUAUGCGGCUUGAUUGCUGCUGGUGCUGGUGCAAUGCUGGGACCUGACAUUGCUUCUGCGGCUUCAAAGAGACGGCCUUCGCCGCCGGCGCCGACGGAGGAGAAGAAAGACCCGAACGUUAGCGGCGUGCAGGCUAAAGUGCUUGCCAGCAAGAGGAGGAAGGAGGCCAUGAAGGAAGCUGUGGCCAAGUUGAGGGAGAAAGGGAAGCCCGUUGAUAAGUGAAGAGAAUUACAAGUAGCACUUUGAUUGGAGAGUUCUAACUUACCGAAUAAUGGAAUUCUUCAGUUUAUGUGUACAGUUGAUCAAAAAAGAAAAAAAAAUGCUGCUGCAGUGUAACUAUGUGAGUUCCAGCUUCGCUGCUGUCGUUCAUACUUUUUUUUUUCAUGUAAGCUCAACUGUAUGGAUGCAGUUCAAUAAUUGAAUCUUGUAUGGGGUGCUGCUACUGAAA